UCAGUACAUUCUCAGCUAUCAAGAAGAACAGAUAUGAAUAAAUGUAAAAUAACACAAACCGGAAUCGAAUACGCCGGCGAUAUUUCCCACACAGAAUCUGGAGCUAAAUGUCAGGAAUGGGGAUCAUUAAAUCCAAGUACACACAUUCAUGAUCCGUUGAACGAUAACGAUUUUCCGGAAGGGAGUCCUUCUCGAGCAAAAAACUUUUGUCGAAAUGUAAAAGGAAUCUCUGAAAAUCCUUGGUGUUACACUGUAAAUAAAGAUUUGAACGAUGAAAUUUGUAACAUUCCAUUAUGCAAUUUCGAUUGCAGACGUACGUUAAUCGGUGCAGAAUACGGUGGCCAAGUAAGCGUGAGUCUGAAUGGUCGUCUGUGUCAAAAAUGGUCUGAAAAAACUUACCGAAAGUACUUGAGAAAGAUUAACUCAUCAGUUGUCACCGAUGACAGACUCUUGUUGGAUGAGAAAUUCCCAGAAUUAUCGAGGAAAAAGGCUUCUAAUUAUUGCCGGAAUCCUACGAUGGAUCCUAAUGGACCUUGGUGCUUGGUAGAAGAUGAUUUUUUGAAGACAGACAAGUAUGAAAAAGAAUACUGCGAUGUGGGGCUGUGCUAUAAAACCGAUUGUACCGCUGGAACGAAUCGAUUCACCGAAGAAUACACCUAUAGUCAUUUUCAUUCCAUCAACGCGAGCGAUUCUUCGCUGAAAUUCUCUAUAUUGCUUUGGAAUACCGAUUUUGAGAACAGUACGUUUCGAAUUGGCUUCAGUGUUUAUCCACUUCCGGUAACUGGGCGGAAAUUAGCCGAUAUGGAUAACGGAAUCGAGCUCUUGAUUAGUAAGCAUGGUCUUGGAUUUAUUGAAAAGACAGGAAAAAAAGUCCAUUGGAAAGACGUCCACAACUUGUUAUCUAGUUAUGAAAAAAAAACAUUCAUUGUGGAUUGGUUUUCUCCUAGAAUUUCGGUCACAAUUUCUCAAAUUGCGCCAUUGGAUGUCAUUUACGAUUUCCAAUUUGCCAAUAAAAUAAUCACCGUGAAUAAGGGACAAUUCAAAUAUUAUAGUAUAAUCGGCGAUCCUGCUUUAUGGGAUUUACCAUGUUCCUCGAAAUGUCGAGAAGAAAUCACCAUCCAUCCUGAUUGUAAUUUUCAUCGCAAACUGAACAAAAUCGAAGAUAAUUAUCUGGCGUCGUUUGUUGUGCGAUCUGAUCAAACGAUUUAUAUCGAAUUACGAGAUAGUCCGAAUUCUAAAUUUCCUUAUUUAAAGAUUGAAAUCUUCGGUACGCAGAAUAAAACAUUUGUAGGAUUGUACUCGUACUUGAAGAAAGAUUCGACUCCACAACCCAAAAAUUGUGGUACUUUUAGCUCUAUUUUAUCGUAUUGGUCUUGGACUCAAUUCAGGCUGAGUUCUUCGGGAGAUACUUUACAAUUGGUACGAGUACAUCCUUCUCUAUCGCCCGAAACGAUUUGUACAUACGAAGACGUGGUUGUAGCGAAUGCAAAAUGGUUCAGUAUUUGUUCAAAGGGUACUGCUCAUUGGAUGUUCGAAUGUGACAAAUUAGAUAUACUUCCUCUUCCUGCAAACCAACUACCGGAAUGUGUGGUUCAGAAAAAAGGAGAAACGUACAAAGGAAGUAUGAAUGUUUCUGCAUCUGGACAACCUUGUUUCCCUUGGAUUUACGAUGAGUUGGAUAAGUACACUGCUGAAUUUCAUUUCGGUUCAUCGAAUAAAAGAGAAAUUGUUAAUUAUUGUAGAAAUUUAAUUGGCGACGAUGAUGGACCAUUUUGCUACGUAGCAGAUGUGGAUAAAUUACCUGAGUUAUCUCUGAAAAAAGAAUCUUGUAAUAUUAGAUUCUGUCCAAUAUCUCAAUGCAAAGUAACUGGUUUGGGAUCAGAUUACGUUGGUGAUUUGAGUACUACUCGAACAAACAGAACCUGCGAAAACUGGUCACUUCAUAGUGCAACGAUUACUCAAAAGCUACAAAAUAAUUCUAUCGCGAAUAAUAAAACAAUCGUGAAUCUGCAGAAGAAUUACUGUCGUAACCCGAAUAAUGGUUCGUUUGGUCCAUGGUGUUAUACAACAGAUAAAAACAUGCCGAUAGAUUUAUGCUAUAUUCGUGAUUGCUCACAUAAUGACGCUUUUACUCUAAUAAAUAUGGGAACCGAAUCGAACUCCAGAAUUUAUAUGCGUCCUGAAUGGGUUACCGAAUCAUUUAAUUUCUUUUUGAGGUCUUGGGAUCCUCACACAUUUGUUGGUGUAGCAUUAAAAAUAUCAUUCGACGAUGCUGUUGAUUAUUUCGUGGUUGAAAUAGGAGCAGAAAAUUCUACCAAAGUGAAACUUUCACACGUUGACGAAAAUGGCAGUAUUACAGUCCUUAAAGAAAGUAUAAUUGCCAAACUCAUUCCUACGGGAUACUGGCAAGGAUUUUGGUUAGGUUUACCGCCCAACGAUAUAGAAAUUGGAUACUAUGACAGCUCAAAUGCUAUAUUUUCUUGGUCGAAUACUCAAGAUUCUGGCAUAUCGAAUAAAUAUUCUAGAUAUGUAUCGUUUUCAAACCUCGGAAGUUAUUCUGUAGGAAUACAUUUUCAAGAAAAUUAUUGUUUAAUCCAUCAAGUGUAUGCAGAUUUUCAAAGUGGUUAUUAUCCGUUUAAUUUUGGUAAUUCGGCUGCGAGUACGCCUUCGAAGAUGUCAUUUUAUCUGAGAAAUGAUCGAAAUCAUUCGAAGGGUCACGCUUUGAUUAAAUUUUUUGGAGAAAGUGAAGUGGAUUUCAUAAGCUUUAUGAUAAAUAGCACUCAUAUGUUACUGCAAGACGAAAAUAACUCGGUAUUAAAUCAUAUUUAUUUUAAGGGAACGCUUCUGAGUGAAUCUUGGAUUUUUCUGACAAUUAGCUACACCGAAACCUACAUCAAUGUACAAACAAACUUGGACGUUGAACUAAGUUGGCAUUCGUCCAACAAGAGACUCUUGAGGCUGUACUAUUUCUCAAUUACAGCUCACGAUACUACGAUUUCGUGGCUGUCAAAUUGUGAACCUCCUUUGGAACAUGAAAAUGUCACCGAUGGUGGUUUUACUAAAUGGAGCACUUGGAUCUGUAACGUUAGGUGUGGUGGUGGAUUAGGUCACCGUUUCCGAAACUGCACUAAUCCUGAGCCUGACUUUAGAGGUAAACCAUGCAUAGGAGCUACUUACGAAGACGGCGAAUGUAAUAAAUUCGAAUGCGGCUGUAUUAAUCCAGUGACUUACGAUAAAAUUAAUUCGACAUUGGAAAGUCAAGCUUUGAACAGAGAAGCCAACUCGGGACAAGAUGUAAUUUUUCAAUGUGAGAGAAGUAUUGUAGAAGACAUAAAGCAAGAUUCGCCUGGCUCAUAUUUUCGUUGGUUAAAAAAUGGAUAUAAAAUAAACAAUGAGAAAUUGAAAUUCGGCGAUACAGCAAAAUUAGAGGAAACUGAUCUCAAGCUCAGAAAAGUGACAGAAGAAGAUACGGGAAUUUACAUGUGUGUUAUAUAUCCUGAUUGCGCUACGCCAAAUAAUCUAACAUUUGUACCUGUUACGAUCGUGGCCUUUGUUGUGAAUUCCGAUCAAGCUCACGAUGCUCGAGAAACUACAAAUUAUCAAAUUAGGUGUAAAGGACUCAUAUUGUCUUUCAUCUACGUUGAACUUUCUCAAUUCUGGGAAUUGGACAAUGAACUGAUGAUUGACUACACUAUUAGACCUUUGGAUGAGGUCGAUAUGGAUUUCAUAUCGGAAGUCGAACCUUCUCACACUGGUAUUUGGACAUGCAAAGUAACGCAAAAUAGACUGAAAUUAACCUGGACUACGAACAGAUUUCGAUUAAACGGUUCGUAAAAAAAAACCAUACUAUAAAUUAUUUUCUUAUUUUAUUAAAUGAAUCAAAAAAUAUCACAUAAAAAACAUAAUAUAAAAUAAUACGCUGAAAACAUCAUUUUGUAACAAUAACGAAUUCGUUAAAUAUUUUCUACAUUUUGUACAUUGACUUGGGACAGUCAUCGAUCCUCCAUCAUUGUGGGCAUAUUUAACCACCGAAGAUGCGCCAAGUAUUUUAUUUUAUGGAUGGAAUUAUACAUUAGUAGCCUUAUUUCUUUGGACUGUCGUCAUAUUGGAAAUUGCCGGCGUAGGUUACGUCGCUUAUUGGUACUGGACGUAAGUAAUUUUAAUUUUAACGAACAUAUUUUUAAAAAUCAGAUAUGUACAAAGGUUUUUCUUCUUUUAGAACGAGACAAGAACUUUUAGGAUUGACGAAUACGUAAUGACUCGAGACAGCUAUAUACAAAGCGAUCCUACGAAUCUUUACGUGUGUGCUGAUUUAUGAAAAUGGUAGUUUGUGAGACAGGUCAUUCCGAAUAAUUCUGACGAUUGUGUUCUAAAUCAGACAUCGGUUUGGAAACUGACUGUCAGAAUUUCAAUUCUUUAAUAGCCUGGGGUAAAUCUGGUAACUUCAUGUCUUUCAACUGUUGCGGAAUGUUCAUACUUUUCACCGCUGAUACUGCGCGAGAUGGUGCUCCAGAAAUGCCAGACUGAAAGUAAAUAGUGAUUUCAAUAUUUUUACGUGAAAAAUGGAUUUUGAUAAUACACUAUUUGAUUUUACCUCUUGUUUUUCUAAUUUAUUCUGGUCGUCUAUCCUGGUUAGAAUUUCGUUCA